AUGAGCUCCCAGGUCCAUCAGAAUUAUUCUGCUGAUGUGGAGGCCUCUGUCAACUGCUGGGUCAACCUGCAUCUGCAGGCCGCCUACACCUGCUUCUCUCUGGGCUUCUGUUUUGAUCAGCACCAUGGGGCCCUGGAGUGCUUGGACCUCUUCUUCUGUGGGUUGUUGAAGAUGAAGCAUGAGGGUGCUGAGCAUCUCUUGAAGAUGCAAAAUAAUCAUUGCAUGCAGGACACCCAGAAGCCAUCCCAAGAUGAGUGGGGAAAAACCCUGGAUGUCAUGGAAGACACUGGGGACCUGGAGAAGAACCUGAACCAGCCCUUUGGAUCUGCAUGUCCUGCAUUCUGCCAAAAUACACUUCAUCUCUGUGACUUCUUGGAAAGCCAUUUCCUAGAGGGGGAGGUAAAGCUCAUCAAGAAGAUGGGUGACCACUUGACCAACCUGUGCAGGCUGGUGGGCCUGCAGCCCGGGCUGGGUGAGUAUCUGCUCCAAAUGCUCAUCCUGAAGCACAACUAG